GCCUCGCCAUGGCCCGCGCGCCGCCUCUGCUCCUCGCGCUGCUCGCCGCUCUGCUCCCAGGGCUUGGAGACGCCCAGAUAUCCGCAAUCCCUACAGAAGCCUUCCUGCCCCGCGGCAGCUCCGUACAGGUGAACUGUUCGGCCACCUGCUCCCGGAGCCACACCUUGGGCCUGGAGACUCCCUUCACCAAAAAGGAGCUGGACAGUGGGGAGAACUGGAAACUCUUUGAGCUGAGCAAUUUACAAAAAGAUGAUACUCCAAUAUGCUUCGCAAACUGUGACCACAGACAGGUCACAGCUUCCACCACGAUCACUGUGUACUGGCUUCCAGAGUCACUGGAAAUGGCUAUGUUGCCCCAGUGGCAGCCAGUAGGGUCAAACCUCACCCUGAGCUGCAAGGUGUUGGGUGGGGCACCCAGGUCUCAGCUCUCUGUGGUGCUGCUCCGUGGGGAAGUGGAGCUGAGCCGCCAGCUGGUGGGAGGGCACCCUGAGGACCACACGGAGGUCACGACCACAGUGCUGGUGAGCAGAGAUGACCACCUUGCUAACUUCUCAUGCCGAGUGGAGCUGGAUCUUCGGCCACAAGGACUGGCCCUGCUCCACAACACCUCGGUUCCCCAGCAACUCAGUACCUUCGUCCUGCCUGCAACCUCCCCGCAGAUUGUCACCCCUGAUAUUCUGGAGGUGGGCACAGUGCAACCUGUACUCUGCUCCCUGGAUGGCCUGUUUCCAGCCUUUGAAGCCAAGGUCCACUUGGAGCUGGGGGAGCAGAGGCUGCACUCCCUAACUACAAACAUUGAGGACUUUGCAUCAGCCAAGGCCUUGGUGGAGGUGACCAAGGAGCAGGAGGGCACCCAGUGGCUGGUGUGUGUGGUGGAACUGGCCAACCACAAGCUGGAGACACAGAGGAAUUUAACCAUCUACAGCUUCUCACCUCCCAGCCUGACCUUGAGCAAGCCUGAGGUCUCUGAAGGGAGCCAAGUGACCGUGAUGUGUGAAGCCUAUGGUGGAGCCUUGGUGAUGUUGAGUGGCGCCCCAGCUGGGCCACCAUCUCCGCAGGUCUACUUUUCACUGAAUGCCAGUGUCGAGGACAACCAGCGACGUUUCUUUUGUUCUGCUGCCCUGGAGGUGGCUGGGCAGGUGGUGUACAAGAACCAGUCCCUGGAGCUCUGUGUCCUCUAUGGCCCCCGACUGAAUGAGAAAGAUUGCUUGGGGAAUUGGACGUGGCAGGAAGGGUCCAGGCAGACUCUGAGAUGCCAGGCCUGGGGCAACCCAUCCCCCAGGCUGAACUGUAGCAGAAAAACAGAUGGCACCUCAUUACCCAUAGGAGUGGUGAAGUCUGUCAAGCGUGAGAUGAAUGGUACCUAUGUGUGUCAUGCUGUGAGCACCCAUGGAAAUGUCACCCGGGAGGUAUUCCUGACUGUGCUAUACCACCACCAGAGCAACUUGGCCAUCUUCAUUCUGGUAACAUCUUUGGCCAUCCUACUUACUGUGACUGCUGCCAUUUACACUUACAACCGCCAGCGGAAGAUCAAGAAAUAUAAGCUACAAAAGGCUCAGGAGGAGGCCCCCUUGAAGCUUAAGACGCAAGCCACCCCCCCCUGAGAGAUUACUGUAGAUGGACAGAUUUAGCUGUGUUCAUCACCUCAAGUGACAAAGGACAGCAUGGUGGCCUCAGGACGCGUUUGGAGUUGUGGCACCCACACACAAGACUACUUGUUGUCACACCUGACCUGCAGCCCCAGGACUGAGCCACAGGAAAGAAGCAAGGCUUGGUCAUGACUGUGAGGGACACUGAAGUCUGACCUGGCUAGAGGAAGAGUACGAGAGGCACAUCUCUCCAGCCUAGAGGACUCUCAAGCAGAUUCUGAAGUCACUAACUGUUACAUGUGCUGAGGCCCCACAGCCCCAAUAGUGUCUGAAGAGAUGCUCAUGUUUCCUCUCAUCCGUGCCAGCUCAGGCAUUUCCAUCUACCAGCUGUCCCCAACUCUUCAUGAUAGAUUUAUUAAUUUGUGAUUUUUACCUAUUUAUUGAGUACCCUGCAUAGAUACUUAUGCUUCCUGUCUACACUGAACUCUCAAUGUAAUCACGUUCAGGGUGGUCAGGUGCCAUUGCGCUGCACAACAGAGGCUGAUGAAAGAAUCAAGCCAGUCUGGGAUUUCUCUCCCCAUUGGUUAAACUUGUUUUUUAUGGGGGGGCACUAUGGACUAGCAAUAAUUACAUGCUCAGUGACUCAUCCCCCCAUCCCAGCACUGGCACAUUAUUCCACCCAUAUACAUUUUCUGUCAGCGCUACCAGAGACAGUGACCAUGCCUAAAAACAGGUGACCAUUCCUUGGCAGCUGAACUCUUGAGUUCCAUUGAACUACAGCCAACCCCUGCGUGCCCCACUGGGGUCUCCAGCUCUGAGAGAAUGCAGGGAGAGAAAACUGAUGAUCUGUUCCCCCACAAACAGUGGGGGUAGGGCAGGGAUGCCAGCCUGGCUUAGAGGAGCUCCUCCCAACUCCAGAACAUUUCCUUUAUGCCAAUAAAGCUUUUCAAUGGCCUCA